AGUGACGUCAAGUCUUCCACGGUGGCUCCUCUCUUCUUUUACGUGGCAACGCGUCAGGCGACCGGCGAGACAUACGGAGCACAAAGAGAGAGAAUAUUCAUUAUAAUAUUAUUAUAUUUCCUUUGUCGUUUCGGUUAUAGAUACAAUUUAAGCCCUGCUUUAUUUUCAUCAUGGGGCUUACGAUCUCAUCGCUGUUUGGCAGACUGUUUGGCAAGAAACAAAUGAGAAUACUGAUGGUGGGUUUGGACGCCGCAGGUAAAACCACAAUACUUUACAAACUCAAACUGGGAGAGAUUGUGACCACUAUUCCUACUAUAGGUUUUAAUGUGGAGACUGUUGAAUACAAGAACAUCUGCUUCACCGUGUGGGACGUUGGUGGCCAGGACAAAAUUCGUCCUCUCUGGAGACAUUAUUUUCAGAACACACAGGGUCUGAUCUUUGUGGUGGACAGCAAUGACAGAGAGAGAGUAGCAGAAUCUGCAGAGGAACUUGCUAAAAUGUUGCAAGAAGAUGAACUGAGGGAUGCAGUAUUGUUGGUUUUCGCUAACAAACAGGAUCUUCCUAACGCCAUGGCUGUCAGUGAACUCACAGACAAACUUGGGCUUCAGAGUCUACGCAGCAGAACGUGGUAUGUUCAAGCAACCUGUGCUACACAAGGGACUGGACUCUAUGAAGGAUUGGAUUGGUUAUCAAAUGAGCUCUCCAAACGCUAGUAUAUCUGUUCAUGGUGGCCAGAUAUGUGUGAAUCUUGGAAUGACAGAGGAUAUCAGUUCAUAGACUCUGUCCUCAAGAACUUGUGUGUAUGCGUGUGUAUGAGUGUGUGAGAUGUGGAGGAGCUAUCAAGUGUUCAGCAUUGUUUCUAAUCUAUCCUAUUUGUCUUUUUCUAUGCUGUAUUCCUACUAAUGUUCUUUUAAUUUUUCUUUAGAAUUCCGAUUGUUUUUCUAUGACUGUAAAAUAAUGCUUAAAUUGCACGUUUUCUCGAUAACUGUGAGAGCAUUAUGGCACAAGAAGAAAGGAAGGUGUUGAAGUAAUCCUGGGUGGAGGGGAUCCUCUCGUGCAAGUUGUUAAAGCCGCUGCGCAUUCAAGGUCACCGCAAGAUCUCUGUUGCAGUGCUGUCUAACCCGAGUCACAGGCCCCGCUGCUGUAUGAGAACUUUCCAUUUCACAGCGAUUCAUUUUAUUCUGAAGGGUGUUUUUUGUAUAGCUACACAUUAACUUAUGUUGCAGAAGGCUGAUUUCGGGGACUUUGUCACCAACAGAAUCUUUGAGUUGUUUGGAACAAAAUGGUACAUGAAGUAUUAGCAGCAAUAUGGAGUCAUCCAUGACAGAAUGAACACAAACUGUUGUGUUUAAUACCUCCAUUGUUCAAUAUGUUUUGGUUACAUGCAUUUGAACAGACCAUAUACCUUGCUUGAAUAUUCUGAUGUCAAUGCCCUCAUUGCAUGGGUAUGGAUUAGAGGGAUACAUUGUUUCCCCAGAGUUCUGGACAAUCCAUCUUCAUGUUUCUUUUAUUUUACAUACAUGUCUAAAAAUGCAUGUUUGCACCUUUGUCAAGGUGUAUUGGGUAUAAAUUUUAUAUGGACACUCCAAUAAACCAACAAAGCCCUUUUUCUUAAGGAGAGGGCUACACUUCCUUAUUCUGGUAUAAGCCCCGCCCCUGCUCGAACUGUAACACACGGUCCAACCCUGUGAGAAUAAAGAUCUGAUUAAACUAAUUGAUACCUUGA